AUGGCGCGUGACACACGGAACGAACUCACCACUGCCGCUGCCGGUACGAAUCACGAGGCGUUGCCGUCUCUGCAGUCCAUAGCACCCGCAGCCGCUCGCAAGCGCUACCAACGUCGACGAUGCCAAGUCAACGGGUGCACCAAGUUCGCUCGGUUCAACAAUGCGUGCUCGGGACAUGGCGGCAGACGGCUCUGUGCCGAGGCCGAGUGCGCGCGGGUGGCGCAGUUUGGCCACAAGUGCAGCGUCCACGGCGGCGUCAAGCUGUGCCGCGUCGAGGGCUGUGUCCGCGGCGUGCAGUCGCGUGGCCGGUGCAAGACGCACGGCGGUGGGGUCCGGUGCCAGUUUGCCGACUGCACCAAAGGGGCCAUUUCGAAAGGGUUUUGCCGCUCGCAUGGCGGGGGCGCGCGCUGUGCUGCGCCAGAGUGUAACAAGUGGGCGCAGCGUCACGGCUUCUGCGUGCGGCACUCGAAGGGCAGCACUCGAGGAGUUGCAGGGGAAGCAAUGGCCGAAGGCAAGUCGGACGCGUGCCCUCCAGUGCAACAAGUCGAGUUAAUUGCUACUGACUGA